CGAAGCGUCAGUUUUGUCUACAGCUUUGAGUCGUUGGGACGUGUUUCGUGAUAAAAGACAGUUGUCCACACUGAGUUAAAUAGCAAAAGUUAUCGGAAUCCAGUGCAAUAUGUUCGGGCUAAAGAAUAUGUUUUUGAUUCUGUUGGGCUGCAAUUUGUUGUUAGCCAUCGGCGCAACUGGUAACAAAAAUAAGAAACAGCAACAACAAAACCAAGAAAUCUGGGAGCAGGACCUAUCGGACACUUUUAAAAUUGAAGGCAGCGAUCAGGGCAUACAAAAGGUUAACCUGAAGUGUGGUGCUAAUUCGAUGAAUGUGAUGCUAGAGACAGAGAAACCCUUUACGGGCGUCAUGUACACACGUGGUAGCUUCUACAAGCAAACGGCCCCGUGCUUCAUGAAACCCACUGCGAGUCAGGGAACUCGCACGCUGGAAAUGAAUUUCCAGUUGGAUCAAUGCCAGACGCUGAAGGAUGGCGAGCUCUAUUCGAACAUUGUGGUUAUACAGAACGAUCCAGAACUGAUAACGCCUGGUGACUCGGCUUUCUCACUGGAAUGCGAUUUCCGUCAGCCGCGUAGCCUGGAUGUCGAAGCCACCAUGCAAACUAGGGACAGAGUUGCAACAAAAUCUAAAAUUACACUGACAAGUCCCGAUCCCGCGGCACCAAUGGACAAUCUACACAACUCGGUGGUCAGCAACAGUGAUACAGUAGAAUAUAUACCAAAGUUUUCUAAACCAAACAAAACCAUAAACCUGGGCACGGUAGAGGAAGUGACUUUGCCCCUGGCACAGCAAAGAGAUGAGCUUUAAACAUAGUAAGCAUUUCUUCCACAAGCAAUACAACAAAUUAUUACACACAAAAAUACAGACUACAGGAAAAAUACGCAGAAUUAUACAGCAGCUGCCUAAUCGGAUUUGAUAAUCAUUUCAAUA